AAUACAAAGGAAAAUAUGAAAAUCCUAGUUUUGAGGCCAAACCGAUCAUAUGCAGCCAUGAUGUUCAUCCUUCUGAAUUUAGAGAUAACAAAAGCCAACACUGAUUCAUGUCCUGCAUCUAAAAAAACUGUACAAAGUGUUGAAAACUGUCCAACCAGUGAGAAAGAAUGGAUGAGAGCUUCUCAAAGGAAAAACUGCUCAGCAUUUGCCAGCCAGUGUAGUAAUCCUGACAGAUUUGUGUACCAUUGUGUGAUUAACCCAUUUCUCAAUGAAACACUGGAAGUUUGUGUAUAUAAAAAGACUAUUGUGUUUGGCUAUUGUACAGAAUACAGCUACAGUGCAAACAGAAUUCAACAAAGUUUAGGUACACUUUGUUCUGGCUUCAUCCAAAAACCAUGUCCAACUGGAUAUCCCUCUGAUGAAGCAUACAAAUAUCCUGGUUGCUACGAGCUUACUAAGAAAUCAACAACAGAAAAUCCAACAACAGUGAAUCCCUCCACCUCUGGAACAACUGUGGUCACUGAAACAGGGCCUGUGCUUAAUGGGUCUGCAGCAGAUACAGAAGAUAGAGGAGACAAUGGUUCUGUCAUAGGGAUAGUAGUUGGGGUUCUUGUUGUUGUGGCUUUUGCUUUAGGCGGAUUUUUUAUAUACAGACGGUAUUCACGAAGAAAAAAAGGUCAACAACCACUUCAUGCACUUGAUAAUGAAAGUUUUGCAACUGAUAGAAAUCCUGGUAGAGCUAUAGAAGAAGGAACCUUUGAAGAGAGGAGAAAUUUAGUGCCGUCUGGAAAACCUGCAGAAGUAGAAAAAGAGAAGAAAAUUGAAAAAGUUGAAGUUGAGCAGCCAGUCAAUCUGAUAAAGCCAGAAAAAGAAGUAACUGAGGAAGAUGAUUGUCAAACGUUGGUUAAUGCGCUUAGUGAUGGACUAGAAAGGUUGGCAAUUCUUCAGUCAGGACACAGCAGUGAAAAUUAUAAUGAAGACAAUAAAAAGUUGAAUGUAAUUGCAAGAAAAAUAUAUGAAAACGAAACAAACUUUUCGAAUGAGACUUCUACAGCAAUACAUGAACACAUAGCAGAACUGGAGUCCCUGGAGAGGUAUUUUCGAAGACAGAAGGAUCAAGAAAAUGAGUAUUUACCACCAGAUUAAAACUU